CCUCUGACUGGAUCGCGGGCCCCGCAACGCAGAGCCGACCCAGCAACUCCCGGGCGGCGGCGGGCGGCGCCGGCGCUGGCGAGGAAGACGGGGGAACCAACUCACGAGUGAGCGCAAAGACAAUUAGUAUACUAAUCUGGAGAUUAGGAGGACGUUUUAGGGUUAACCUGGAGCCUAAUGACCCACCAACCCCCGGCACCCACCACCCCACGCGGCCGCCAUCUGCUCGGGCCUGCUCUCCGCCUCCGCCUCCGCUCCCAACGAACCUUCCUCGCCGUCCGGAUGGAGACGCCGCCGAGCGCCUCCGCCGCCGCCGACGCGAAGCAGGCACCACACAGGCUUGCAGUGGUCACUGGUGGGAACAGAGGGGUUGGCUUGGAGGUGUGCCGCCAGCUUGCUGUACAAGGCGUGACAGUCAUUCUCACGGCAAGGGAUGAGAAGAGAGGGAAGGAUGCCGUCGAGUCCAUUUGCCGCGAGUCUAACCUCGACAACGUAAUCCUCCACCCGCUCGAUGUCACAGAUGAUGGUAGCGUCACCUCUUUAGCACGGUACAUCGAGAGCAGAUACGGGAAGCUUGACAUUCUGGUUAACAAUGCAGCAGUUAUAGGAGUUGCAGCAGAUGAGGAAGGCCUGAAAGCUUUGAACCUUGAUGCAGAGACAUGGACAUCCGGCAGAGCAGCCAAUUUGCUCAAAGAUGUGUUCCAGAAUACCUAUGAUGUAGCAUCGAAUUGUCUCAACACCAAUUACUAUGGAUGCAAGAGGGUAACAGAAGCUCUCCUUCCUCUAUUGAAUCUAUCCACGUCAGGAGCAAGGAUUGUCAAUGCUUCCUCCCUUUCGUCAGAGUCGAAGCGAAUGCCAAAUGAGAAGCUAAGGAACGACUUGAGCAACAUCGACAUCUGGGACGAAGCGAGAAUAGAAACGGUGCUGAACACUUUCAUGGAAGACCUGAAGAACGGGCGGCUCGAAGAGGCAGGGUGGCCGAUGAUGCUGCCGGCUUACAGCGUGACGAAGAUGGUGAUCAACCUCUACACCAGGAUCCUGGCAAGGCGGCACCCGGAGAUGCGCAUCAACUGCGUGCGCCCUGGCUUUGUCAAGACCGACAUCAACUGGAACCUGGGGAUCCUGACGCCCGAGCAAGGCGCAAGGGGACCGGUCAUGCUGGCCUUGCUCCCCGAGGACGGGCCGACCGGGUGCUACUUUGAUCAGACAGACAUGGUGAAUGUUUGGUAAUUUGUCCACUGAAUUCCCCUUGGCUUGUCAGAUGCUAUGUCGUGGUAACUUUAUCUUCCUGCUUCUUGCGGAUGUGCCUAAGGCCAAUGGCCAGGACAAGUUUUCCAUUCUUGUGUUAUUGACACAAGUAAAAGAAAUCAGUUCCAGUAACACUUAAUUACGUUCCAAUUAUGAUAAUACAUAUCUAAUUUAUAA